AUGGAGUGGCAGUGGCUUAAGGAUUGGUGGCGUCUUAAAAGAUGGAGAAGCAAGGAUAAGAAGGACCAGAAUGAUGAUGAUAUUUGUUAUUGUGAUGACUGUUUACCAGAUGGCGAGUUGGACCUGUGCGAUUCGUUGGACCCACACUGCGAUGGCGGCGGCAAGAAGGUGGUGGUCGGCGUAUGCGCCAUGGCCAAGAAGUCGCAGUCUAAACCAAUGAAGGAGAUCCUCACACGUCUCGACGAGUUCGAGUACAUCAAGAUGCUUGUGUUCCCUGAGGAGGUUAUCCUUAAGAAGGCAGUGGAGGAAUGGCCUAUCUGUGACUGUUUAAUUUCGUUUCAUUCAAAAGGCUUCCCGCUUGACAAGGCCAUACAGUACGAGAAAUUACGGAAGCCCUAUGUUAUCAACAAUCUUCACAUGCAGUAUGAUAUACAGGAUCGCAGAAAAGUAUAUUCGAUAUUAGAAGGGGAAGGUAUAGAAAUACCGAGGUAUGCAGUUUUGGACAGAGAUUCACCGGAUCCGAAACACCACGAGUUGGUAGAGUCUGAAGACCACGUCGAGGUGAAUGGUGUAGUGUUCAACAAGCCCUUUGUUGAGAAACCCGUGUCGGCCGAGGAUCAUAACAUAUAUAUUUAUUAUCCAACAUCCGCGGGAGGAGGCAGCCAGCGAUUGUUUAGAAAGAUAGGAAGCCGCAGUAGUAUAUAUUCGCCAGAAUCUAGGGUGAGAAAAACGGGAUCUUUCAUUUAUGAAGAUUUUAUGCCAACUGAUGGUACCGACGUCAAAGUUUACACGGUAGGUCCAGAUUACGCUCACGCGGAGGCUCGGAAAAGCCCGGCACUAGACGGUAAAGUAGAGAGAGAUUCCGAAGGGAAAGAGAUAAGAUACCCCGUUAUAUUGUCUAACCAAGAGAAGCUUAUAUCUAGGAAAGUGUGUCUUGCAUUCAAACAGACUGUGUGCGGAUUUGAUUUGCUCAGAGCAAACGGCAAGUCAUUUGUCUGUGACGUAAACGGGUUCUCAUUCGUGAAGAAUUCUAACAAGUAUUAUGAUGAUUGCGCCAAAAUUCUUGGCAACAUGAUUCUUAGAGAACUGGCCCCGACGUUGCACAUUCCGUGGUCAGUUCCGUUCCAGCUGGACGAUCCACCCAUUGUGCCAACCACGUUUGGCAAAAUGAUGGAAUUGAGAUGUGUGGUGGCGGUUAUUAGACACGGGGAUAGAACACCUAAGCAGAAGAUGAAAGUAGAAGUAAGACAUCAGAGGUUCUUUGAAAUAUUCGAAAAGUAUGACGGCUUUAAGCGGGGACAUGUAAAGUUAAAACGGCCUAAACAACUACAAGAAAUUUUAGAUAUUGCACGUGCGCUAUUAUCUGACAUACAGACGAGGCACGCUGACCCAGAGAUUGAAGAGAAGCAAGGGAAACUUGAACAGCUGAAGAGUGUUUUAGAAAUGUACGGCCACUUCUCGGGUAUUAACCGUAAGGUCCAGAUGAAAUAUCAGCCGAGGGGCCGGCCGCGCGGUUCCAGCUCUGACGACGGUAACGCGCCCCAGUGUCUCGACGACGUAAGUGGCGGGGGCGAGCCAUCGCUUGUGCUGAUACUGAAGUGGGGCGGCGAGCUGACCCCCGCGGGGCGAAUACAGGCCGAGGAGCUGGGCCGGAUGUUCCGUUGUAUGUACCCGGGCGGUCAGGGCCGACAUAUACCUGGCGAGGGCGGUACCCAAGGUCUUGGUCUCUUGCGCCUUCACUCAACAUUCCGUCACGACCUUAAGAUCUAUGCAUCAGACGAAGGUCGCGUACAGAUGACUGCGGCCGCCUUCGCCAAGGGGCUGCUUGCUUUAGAAGGGGAACUCACACCUAUACUGGUCCAAAUGGUAAAAUCCGCUAAUACCAACGGAUUACUUGAUAACGACUGUGAUUCAUCGAAGGUUCAGAACAUGGCCAAAGCUCGUCUCCACGAAGCGAUGCAAGUUGACCGCGAAUUUACAGAAGAAGACCGCGCUCGCAUCAAUCCUUGCGAGUCUGUGAGCAUUAACACUGCGAUGGAUUUUGUGAAGAACCCGGUGCGGUGCUGUGCGCAUGUUCACACGCUCAUACAGCACCUCGUUCAUAUCGUGCUCACGAAGAAAGACGACCCUAAGACUAAAGAUACAAUUUUGUACCAUGGUGAGACUUGGGAACUGAUGGGACGUCGUUGGGGCAAGAUUGAAAAGGACUUCUGCACAAAGAACAAAUCCUACGAUAUAUCAAAGAUUCCCGACAUAUACGACUGCAUCAAAUACGAUUUGCAACACAACCAACAUACACUACAAUUCGACCUCGCAGAAGAACUGUAUAUUUAUGCGAAAUAUUUAGCUGAUAUUGUUAUACCACAGGAAUACGGAUUGACGAUGCAAGAAAAGCUGACUAUAGGACAAGGUAUAUGUACACCACUGCUCAAGAAAAUAAGAGCGGACCUUCAAAGGAAUAUAGAGGAAUCAGGGGAGGAGACUGUGAAUAGACUUAACCCGAGGUACAGCCACGGAGUAUCAAGUCCGGGCCGGCACGUGCGCACAAGACUGUAUUUUACGAGCGAGAGCCACGUGCACUCGCUACUGACAGUACUUCGAUUUGGUGGAUUAUUAGAUGUACUAAAAGACGAGCAAUGGCGUCGAGCGAUGGAGUACGUAUCGACAGUCUCAGAGCUCAACUACAUGUCACAAAUAGUCGUCAUGCUCUACGAGGAUCCCACCAAAGAUCCUUAUUCUGAAGAAAGAUUCCAUGUAGAACUACACUUCAGUCCGGGCGUGAACUGUUGCGUCCAGAAGAAUCUACCUCCAGGGCCCGGCUUCCGACCACACAGCCGCAACCACUCCACAACGAACAAUUCGCAGAGUUCCUCUGACGAAGUUAAAUGUAUAGAGGAAGAAGGCGAAGACGAUAAUAUGGCCAGCCAAGAAACAUUGCAACCGGAUGCCGACGAACUUGAUAAUACAUUCUCACCAAAAAAGUCGUCGAAGUCGAAAAUAAGGCCUUCCGAUCCCAUACCAAUUUGUGACAAUUACAGUAACUUGCACUACACGGUGAGCGGGCACGAGGCCUCGACGCUGGCGGCGCGGCUCAACGCAGAGCUGCGCGCCAGGAGCCACGUGGACUCCGACCACAGGGACCACGCGCAGGGCGACGAAAAAGAGCCUAAAGACGUCGAAGAAGCCCCACCCCGUGCCCGCAGCUACGACCAGCACAAACAGAGCCACGACAACGUAUGUGAGGCGGUGUCGCGCGUGAGUAGCCAGCCGCUGGCGGACGCCGUGGGCGCGCGCUACCAGAGCCUGCAGGCGGUCGACCACACAGCCGAACGUUCGGCCGCGCUCCCCGCACUAACCGCGCCGACGCCGUCCGGCCGGCCCUCCGGGGACGAGCCGCUAACCCCUCUCAUUAACGUGGACGGCGUCGAGUCCUCGACUAACGAGCUCCCGCUAUCGGCUAUCACGUUCGGGGCGCGCGGCGACUCGUGGCCGCGACUGGCGGGCUGUAGCGUGUGGGGGGAUGCAGGGCGCCGCCAGCGGCACAGCAUCGCCGGCCAGAUGAGCUACCUCAAGAUGCUGGGGCUGGGCGCGCGCGGCAAGCUCUCCGCCGCCGGCCUCUUCAGCACCGCCGUCAUCUCCGGCUCCAGCUCUGCGCCCAAUCUACGCGUCAUGAUUCCGGCCUCCAACGCCAGUAACGCGGCGGUGGAGGGUUUCGGCGGCGUGCCGGCGAUACGUCCGCUGGAGACGUUGCACAACGCGCUGUCGCUGCGCCAGCUGGACGCGUUCCUGGAGCGCGUGACGGCCGCGCCGGUGCUGCUGGGCACGCCGCCCGCGCACCCGCCCCAAGCACACAAGCAACCCUCUCCUACCAACAGUGUGGGUUGGAGCGGACCGUCCUCUCUGAUGUCGUCAUCGGGGGAGCUGCCCAGUGGACUAUCAUCAGCCGGGCCCUCGUCGCCCAACUCUAACUAUGCGUCCAACUCUGAACAUAAAACAACUUCGACAGAGAGUAGCAAUUGGAGUAAAAAUGUGCCGAGCAAGCUCCCCCAGUGGGACGGCGAGGCGUCGACGUUGUGCGCGUUCGAGUCGAGCCUGCACCCUUACGUGCCGCACUCCAACGUAGCAGGUUCAUCUAUUAGUGGAGAUGUAACACCGGUUUCGAUAGCGUCGGAGCUUGAAUUCAACAGCAACGAGGCUACGGCCGGGUCAAUCACUGACCAUGACCUCUUAAGUGCUGAAGGUGAAGACGAUGAAGAAACUCUUUCGGUUGACACCUGCGGUUCUCCGGUAAAAAUGAUCAAAAACGACCUAAGUCCACUAAGCUUCACUGGAGCUGGUUCUCUGAAGUUAGACAACGUUCAGCCGUCCACUAGUAAAUGUUCUACAGAUUUCUUCGGACUUAGUUUACAACAAACUAAGGAGUGUUUCUACAAGGAUAUGCCGUCAAGUAGCAAAAAUUUUAAUUUAGAUAGUGAAAGCACACUAAAGUGUUCUAAAGGAAAUGCGCAAAUAGUUCCUAACAUUGACUCAUUGAAUUUACAAAGCAAAGACAGCAAGAGUAAAAACAAACGGAAUGACAUUCUGAACUAUGGCAGCCGGAGGUACAGCGAUAGUAGUGCCCUAAAAAGUAACUUGAACUCGCAAUCAUCGGUUCCCGGGAGUAGGUUCAAAACUACAUUAGUAACCGAUGAUCUUUUCAAACCGAGUACAUCCAGUGACGCCAUACCUAACAAUAAUUCCAUGGGCAUCGAACCGGGCGCGCCAUCUGUCACGAAAGCGAAAAACUUAAACGUUAAACCUGGAUUUAACACAUCAGAAACGUAG